CUUCCUCAGGUUCGUCUUUCACUGACCCAAAUGCUCUCCCUUGAGAGGACCCUUAAGAGGGAGAUCUCUGUCGUGGGCAAAGAGAUUGUCACCCACCGUCAGGAAGUGCAUUCUGAAAAGAGCAAAAAGCUUCUGACAGUGGACCAGCUCUCCAUGUUCAAGGAGUCUGCUGCCAAAGAAAUCCCUAAGAGUCUCAACAAACUAAAGAAAGACCCAUUGAGGGACACCUACUUAAGGCAAUGUGUGGGUCUGCUGGCGGGCUACCUCUUCACCUUAAGUGGCCACCGAAAAGGUGUCCUUGUGUCCCUUCUUGAAAAGGAGGUCCUUAAAUGUGAGAGGAGUGGUGACGACUACGUCAUAUAUGCCAAAUCUCACAACACUGCGGCCACAUAUGGUAGGGCCAAGCUUGCCCUUACCAAAGCCGAGUACACCUGGCUAACAGACUUCGCAAAGCUGCGGCCCUUACUGCCAGGCUACAGCCCUGAGGUUCCCACAUUUUUUUUUAACUCUGCUGGUGGGGAGGUGGAGAAAAUGGGGGACAUGGUGACAGACAUCUGGCACAAGGCUGGUGUGCCGGAUGUCACCAUCAUGACAGACAUCUGGCACAAGGCUGGUGUGCCGGAUGUCACCAUCACUCUGGUCAGAUCAAGUCUGUCAACUCUGGCCCAGAGACGUCUGGAACCUUGUCAAAGGAGCAAAGUCACCCGUUCCAUGUGCCACAGCACCUCAACCUCUGACAAAUUUUACGUCGGAGAGGAGAGCGUGUCUGAGGCACAUGCGACCCGAAGUAACUUAGACAAGGUAGUUUCUCCUCCCUCUCCCUUGCCUGCAGCUAAGCCCAAGGCAAAAAGAAAGUCAAAAAGGAUGCAUAUAGCAUCCAGCAGUGACUCUGAUGAGCCUGCGCCUCCGAAACUCCCAGAUGUGGAAAGCAGGACAUCAAUCUGGACAGAUGACCUAAAAAAAUGGCAUCAGAAAAGCAUUUGCCAAUGUCUGGCAGAAGGUGAUCACCAAGGACAUGAUUGCUGACAUUCUGAGCCAGGAUGAGGAGCUUUUGAAGAAGUGUGCACUCCUUAAUGUGAAAAUGAAAACCGUCUCCAAGUUGAUUGCAGACCUCCAGACUGAAGACUCCAGGGAGACUGAAG